AUGGGGUAUGAAAAGAUUCACGUAUGCCCAAAUGAUUGUCUUCUAUACCGUGGUGAGAGAGAUGAGGAUGAAAUUGUUUGCCGCAUAUGUAAGGCCUCAAGGUGGAAAUUAAACAAGAAAGGAGAGGAACUUGAAGGGGUCCCUGCUAAGGUUUUAUGGUAUUUUCCGUUGAUACCCAGAUUGAGAAACUUAUUCAAUACAGAUCACAUUGCAAAGAACAUGACAUGGCAUGAUAUCGAGCGACAAAAAGAUGGUAAAUUGAGACAUCCAGCAGACUCAAAAACAUGGAAAGAUGUUGACCAAAAGUGGCCUGAAUUCGCAUCAGAGACCAGGAACCUUCGACUAGCUUUAUCAUCUGAUGGAUUCAAUCCUUUCCACAGAAAUCGUACUGAUCACUCAACCUGGCCUGUAUUAUUAUCGAUUUACAAUCUUCCACCCUGGCUUUGUAUGAAGAAAAGAUAUAUAAUGCUUUGCUUGUUGAUAUCUGGCCCGACUGAGUCAGGAAAUGAUAUUGAUGUGUACCUCCAACCGCUUUUAGAAGAUUUACAGGAGUUAUGGAAUGGGAAGCAAGUGUACGAUGCAUAUAAGAAAGAGUUUUUCAUGCUUAGGGGAAUUUUAUUAUGGACAAUAAGUGAUUAUCCGGCUUUAGGUUGUUUGUCCGGCAAUGUCACUAAAGGGUAUAAUGCUUGUACAAUUUGUGUUGAUCAAACAAAUGCUACAAGGUUGGUUAAUUACCGCAAGACAGUGGUUAUGAGGCAUCGGAGGUGGUUACCAAGGCAGCAUCCAUAUAGAAGGCAAAAAUCAGCUUUUGAUAACACUGUGGAGAAGGGCGUUGCUCCAAAUCCUUUGACUGGAGAGCAAGUUUUUGAAAGAGUACAACAUCUAGGGAGCCAUGUCUUUGGUAAGAAACAACGCCAACGUCGAUGGAAGAAGGGUGAACCUCGACCCAUAUGGAAGAAGGUUGCUAUAUUCUUCCAACUUGGGUAUUGGAAGUUUUUGCCAGUUAGGCAUUGCCUCGAUGUAAUGCACAUCGAGAAAAAUAUCUGUGAAGCUUUGGUUGGAACUCUACUCAAUAUUCCAGGAAAGACUAAAGAUAGAGAGUCUGUCUGUCUUGACAUGGCUGAGAUGGGAAUAAGAACGGAGCUGAGGCCAAAAACUCCUGGAAAGAAAGAGAAGGUACCCUUAGCAUCCUUGAACUUAUUAAAUGCAGAAAAGAAAAUUGUUUGCUCAUCCUUUCUUAAGAUGAAGUUGCCAGAUGGAUUUUGUUCAAACAUCAAGAAUCUCGUAAACAUGGAAAAACUUCGGCUUGUUGGUAUGAAAUCUCAUGACUGCCAUACAAUAUUGCAUCACUUACUACCAAUUGUAAUUCGAUCAAGCCUUCAAAAACAGGUCAGGGGCACAAUUAUUAGGUUCUUCCUAUUUUUCAAGGCAAUUUGCAGCAAAGUCAUCGAGAUAGAUAAAUUAGAAAAAAUGCAGUCUCAGUUGAUCGAAACCUUAUGCCAGCUAGAGAAACACUUUCCCCCGUCAUUUUUUGAUGUGAUGAUACAUCUCUCAAUUCAUCUUGUGAGAGAGGUUGAGCUUUGCGGGCCAAUCUUUCUACGUUGGAUGUAUCCUUUCGAGAGGUAUAUGAAGACCUUCAAGGGGUAUGUACGGAACCCAGCUCGUCCAGAAGGUUGUAUUGCCGAGGGGUAUUGUGCAGAAGAGGCUGUGCAAUGUUCGGUUGACUUGGAAGAUACUACAGGAUUGCAUCAAGAUACUAAACAUAAUGAAGAUAUAAUUUGCAGACCCUUAUCAGGUGCAACAAUAAUAAAGCCCAACAGUAAGGAAUUGCACCUAGCUCAUUUGUGUGUUCUUCAAAAUAUCAAUGACGAUAAGCCAUAUUUAGAGUAA